CUAUGCAUCCUUGUGGUAUUGUAUGAGAGAGUGUGGAGUGAAUGAGAAGUAUAUCAGAGUGGUGCAAGACAUGUAUGAGAACAGUGAAACAGCAGUGAGGUGUGCAGUUGGAGCGACUGAAUGGUUCAAGGUGAAGGUGGGACUCCAUCAAGGAUCGGCUUCGAGCCCUUUCUUGUUUGCCAUAGUGAUGGAUAGCUUGACGGAUGAAGCGAGGCAAGAGUCACCAUGGAACAUGAUGUUUGUGGGUGAUAUUGUGAUACGUGCUGAAAGUAGAAAAGAGGUUGAGCUGGGUUUGGAGAGAUGGAGGUAUGCAUUGGAAUGAAGCUGUUGUUCGAGAUGUUCUCAGGCUACCAGGAAUGGGAAGAGUAUGAAGAUGAGCUGUACGCCGAGGAAGAACACGAUGAUGACUCUGAGCCUGAUAGCGAUCUCGAGUUCCAGCUCUAUUCCCAGCUCCAUUACGACACCAAUGACCUGGAAAACCAUCCAGAGAACCAAAAGGAGAGCUCCGGUCAAGAGACAUCUCCGGAACCUCAACCUGGCAAGAGAGUCCAACCUCCUGCUGCUCCUCCCGAUGAAAUAAUUCAGAUCGAUUCGGGCCCGGAUGUCAUCACGGUUUCGGAUAACACUGAGGAGGAUGACAGUGUGUGUGCCAGGAAAGGUCAAAGGUCAAAAGGGAAGGGAGUGGCUCCUGGUUCGCAGCAUCGUCGUGCAAGCGAAGCCGUAAAUGAACAUGUGGUAGUCCUGGAUUCAGAGUCGGACCAGAGUUCAGACUCGGAAUCGAUUCCGCCGUACGUGGCGGAUCCGUGUUUGGAUUCGGACUCGGAUGGAUUGGAGAGCUGGAUGAUUCUGGGUCGGGAAAAGGAGGAAGGAGACCUGGACAUACAGCUUAACGUCUUUACGGUCCGCACCAGGGACCAGCCAGAGUUUGCCAGCGACAGAGGUGACAAUCAGACCUGGGCCGUCUCAGACAAAGACAAGGAGGCUCAGAUCUGCAACAAGGGCGUCGGCUCGAGACGAGUCUCAAAUCGCUACUACACCAAGAAGACGGUGACCUGCCACAACUGCAACAAGCUUGGCCAUCUCUCCAAAAACUGCCCCACACCCAAGAAGGCACCAUGUUGUUCACUGUGUGGUCUUCAGGGCCAUUUUCUGAAGAGCUGCCCGAACCGUCACUGCUCGAACUGCGCUCUUCCAGGUCACACAUCUGAUGACUGUCUGGAGAGAGCGUACUGGCACAAACGCUGCCACCGCUGCGCCAUGACCGGACACUUCGCUGAAAGCUGUCCAGACAUCUGGAGGCAGUACCACCUCACGACGACGGCGGGUCCCCCGGUCCAAUCCCUUCAUCCUGACGCUCACGGAUCUCCUGCGUACUGCUACAACUGCUCUAGAACGGGACACUUUGGACACGAGUGCACUGAGAGGAGGAUGUUUAACGGGACGUUUCCGGUGCUGCCGUUCCCCUCGUCGUAUGACACCCAGUACGACAUCAAACGCCAAGAGCAUCGGGCUCAGCUCCGAGCCAAAGAGCUCCAAAAGGCCGGACUUCUCAACCAGGCCGAAGCCACUCCCCAGCCUCCCCGAAAGAAAGCAAGAAACGCGUACUUCCAGUCCGCACCAGUUCCUCUGAUGUCAAUCAUACACACCCCGAGGAGACGCGUCGCCCACACGCCUAAAUACCCUCCUCCGACCACACCCACUCCCAACAAACACCUGCACUGGCACAAUGACACGCCCGUCCUGAAGAAGAAGAAAAUGGCAAUGGUAAACACACCUGGUCCUUACAGCGUGGCCACGCCCCAAUUCAAGGGCAAGAAGAACAAAAAGAACAAGAAACAUGUGAUGAACACGGAACAGGACUUUCCUCGAAGCGUCCAGAAUGGUCCCUGUAACGGAGUGAUCUUUCACACUCCUCAGAAUCACAUGAAGAAAAGCCCAGGAGUGCUGUUCAGCUCAGGGAAGAGCAAGAAGAAGAAAAAGAAGGAGGAGAAGAGAAUGAGGAAGGCAGCCAGCGACCCUGAGAACCUGUUUCUCAUCAAACAAAGGAAGCGUAGAUAGUGUGUGUGUAGGUGAGAGAGAGAGAGAGAGAGAGAGAGAGAAGGAAUGGUGAAUGACAAGCAACAAGAAAAGAUCUGGCUUUUCUUUGUCUCCCUCUAGUGUCUAUUAUCAAUAUUACACACCGAGCAACUGUCAUUGAGUCACUUGUACAAAAAGAGACCACGAUUAGGUUUUUCGCCGUAGACUAGCGUCGAUUAUCGGAUCAGUCUGGCGUCCGAUGUUUGUCUUAGAUAUAGGAGAAACAUAACCUGUUUAAAUCUCACGCAUAUUACAGUGAACCCACAGAUGUUACUGUGUGAUUCUGUAAAAGCUUUACGUUCCCAUUUCCAUCUCAACAGCUAUGAAAAGGAUUGUUGAAGCUUCGGAUUUGUCACCGUUCCUCUGAUCGUGCUGCUGCCCAACGCAACGGGUAUUUUAAUAUUCACCUUCGAAGGAUCUUUCAGGAAACCAGAUGAAAAAUCUGCUUGUACAUAAGUUUGUAGAAUUUUUCUAAUUAAAUUGUGUACGUGACUGUGGCUCUGCUACAGCGGCAAAUAAAAGCAGAAGCAGGGUUUUUUUUUUUGGGAGGAUUCAUUUUCUUACCCUGUCGUUAGGAGAUUGCAGGUUCGAAUCCAGACAGUGCCACAGCCAUGCUUGAAUGGGAGUCAAGAAAGCAAAGUGGAGGGAGCGUUAUCUCUCUCUUCCCGCUCCUGUCAGUCAAUCACAGCAACACGAGCCAACUGUAGUCUUCUGUGAGCUAAGCUACAGUGGUGCUUGAAAGUUUGUGAACCCUUUAGAAUUUUCUAUAUUUCUGCAUAAAUGACCUAAAACAUCAUCAGAUUUUCACACAAGUCCUAAAAGUAGAUAAAGAGAACCCAGUUAAACAAAUGAGACAAAAAUAUUAUACUUGGUCAUUUAUUUAUUGAGGAAAAUGAUCCAAUAUUACAUAUCUGAGUGGCAAAAGUACGUGAACCUCUAGCAGUUAAUUUGAGGUGAAAUUAGAGUCAGGUGUUUUCAAUCAAUGGGAUGACAAUCAGGUGUGAGUGGGCACCCUGUUUUAUUUAAAGAACAGGGAUCUAUCAAAGUCUGAUCUUCACAACACGUUUGUGGAAGUGGAUCAUGGCACGAACAAAGGAGAUUUCUGAGGACCUCAGAAAAAGUGUUGUUGAUGCUCAUCAGGCUGGAAAAGGUUACAAAACCAUCUCAAGAGUUUGGGCUCCACCAAUCCACAGUCAGAUAGAUUGUGGACAAAUGGAGGAAAUUCAAGUCAACCAACAAAGGUCACUCCAAGACCAAGGCGUGUAAUAGUUGGCGAGGUCAGAAAGGACCCCAGGGUAACUUCUAAGCAACUGAAGGCCUCUCUCACAUUGGCUAAUGUUCAUGAGUCCACCAUCAGGAGAACACUGAACAACAAAUGGUGUGCAUGGCAGGGUUGCAAGGUGAAAGCCACUGCUCUCCAAAAAGAACAUUGCUGCUCGUCUGCAGUUUGCUAAAGAUCACGUGGACAAGCCAGAAGACUAUUGGAAAAAUGUUUUGUGGACGGAUGAGACCAAAAUAGAACUUUUUAGUUUAAACGAGAAGCGUUAUGUUUGGAGAAAGGAAAACACUGCAUUCCAGCAUAAGAACCUUAUCCCAUCUAUGAAACAUGGUGAUGGUAGUAUCAUGGUUUGGGCCUGUUUUGCUGCAUCUAGGCCAGGAUGGCUUGCCAUCAUUGAUGGAACAAUGAAUUCUGAAUUAUACCAGCGAAUUCUAAAGGAAAAUGCCAGGACAUCUGUCCAUGAACUGAAUCUCAAGAGAAGGUGGGUCAUGCAGCAAGACAACGACCCUAAGCACACAAGUCGUUCUACCAAAGAAUGGUUAAAGAAGAAUAAAGUGAAUGUUUUGGAAUGGCCAAGUCAAAGUCCUGACCUUAAUCCAAUGGAAAUGUUGUGGAAGGACCUGAAGCGAGCAGUUCAUGUGAGGAAACCCACCAACAUCCCAGAGUUGAAGCUGUUCUGUACGGAGGAGCGGGCUGAAAUUCCUCCAAGCCGGUGUGCAGGACUGAUCAACAGUUACUGCAAACGUUUAGUUGCAGUUAUUGCUGCACAAGGGGGUCACACCAGAUACUGAAAGUAAAGGUUCACAUACUUUUGCAUUAUUUUCCUCAAUAAAUAAAUGACCAAGUAUAAUA